AUGCUAUCUAUAAUGUUAUCUAUCUAUCUAUCUAUCUAUCUAUCUAUCUAUCUAUCUAAUUUUCCAUGCAGUUACCUCCCCUGUCUGCAAAUGGACAAUGGCGAUAUGAUGCCUGAGACUAUGGCCAUUUGUAGAUAUUUGGCCCGUGAACACGAACGCAGACCUGAAUCUAUCUAUCUAUCUAUCUAUCUAUCUAUCUAUCUAUCUAUCUAUCUAUCUAUCUAUCUAUCUAUCGCAGUCUUUUCGCAUCUAUAUCAGUCUGUUCGCAUCUAUCUAUCUAUCUAUCUAUCUAUCUAUCUAUCUAUCUAUCUAUCUAUCGCAGUCUGUUCGCAUCUAUCUAUCUAUCUAUCUAUCUAUCUAUCGCAGUCUGUUUGCAUCUAUCUCAUUCUGUUAGCAUCUAUCUAUCUAUCUAUCUAUCUAUCUAUCUAUCUAUCUAUCUAUCGCAGUCUGUUCGCAUCUAUCUAUCUAUCUAUCUAUCUAUCUAUCUAUCUAUCUAUCUAUCUAUCUAUCUAUCGCAUUCUUUUCGCAUCUAUCUCAGUCUGUUCGCAUCUAUCUAUCUAUCUAUCUAUCUAUCUAUCUAUCUAUCUAUCUAUCUAUCGCAGUCUGUUCGCAUCUAUCUAUCUAUCUAUCUAUAUAUCUAUCUAUCUAUCGCAGUCUGUUCGCAUCUAUCUAUCUCUUUUAAAUUUAACAUUGGGGUUCAAAAUAUACACAUGA